UCUGUGUUUUCUACGCUUUAGUAUUAGAUUGUACUGAGUUUGAAUUCUCAACCGAAGAAUACGUAGGAUGUCAUUGAUUUAUAAUGAACAUUGUUUCUGUCGCUAAUUGACGCCUCCUUCGCGUGUUCCACCUUCUCGUCGUCACACACUAAAAUCUCGAGCAUCGCAGAAGACUUCGUCUGCUUGAAUGUGAUUUUAAACCUUUAUUCUGCUCAGCGUGCUCAUCAAUCGCGAGCGACAUUCCCGCGGUGGCCACAUUUCCGAGAGCACUGUAAGCAGGCGUCGUUUGACAGGAGGCUGUCCUUGGUAGCAGAGCUAGCUGCUGCGAGCUAAACAACGAAAACAAAUCCGCUGCAGCUAGCCUUCUGCAUGAAUGUGAAGGGAUCGGUCAGAGCUGAGGAUUUGGAUAAAGUCUUGGACUAAUGUCAUCCAGUCCUGGUGAAGAGGGGCGUCUUCCUCAGGCUGCCCCAAGCCACAACACCCAAGACCUGUUUGACAGCCCCGCUCCAACCGAGGCUGCAGGGAACACACCCGAGGAUCAGGUGUCGCCUGUGUUGGACGCCUCUCCUUCUUCCACUACCUCCUUUGAGAUGAUCGACAUGGAGACAGUCCCAGCUCCUUACAGAGAAGUGCAGCCUCACUGGUUCUUCUGUCGACGGGCAAAUGACAACACCUCCUGGCUUCCUUUCAGCAGAGAAGACUCUGACAAACUAGAACAGGCCUGUAACUCUGCAGAUGAGGGGGAGGUGGUGGUGGCUGUGGAUGGAGAGCGGUAUGAUGUACACGUCAAGGAGAGGAAACGCUAUGCUGUGUACUGGGAGCAAGGUCCCACUGAAGUCCGCCGCUGUACCUGGUUCUACAAAGGAGAUAAAGACACCAGGUUCAUGCCUUACUCUGAGGACUUCGGCAAAAGCCUGGAGGAGGCUUAUAUGAUAGCAGUGACGUUGGAUGAAUGGAAGACGAAACUGGACUUUCCCACUGGAGAGACUGUUAUCUUACACAAUCCCAAACUUAUAAUGCAAUAUCAGCCAAUUGGAUUGCAAGAUGAGUGGAUGACCUCCCCCUCAGAGCAAAUCCGACCUCGAACAGUCAAGAGAGGAGUAGAAAACAUCAUUGUAGAGAUACCUGAAGGUGAACCAGAAAAAGUGGACCACCUUGUUUUUAUGGUGCAUGGCAUUGGUCCUGCGUGUGACUUGCGCUUCAGAUCCAUCAUACAGUGUGUAAAUGACUUCAGGAGUGCUUCUCUGUCCCUCCUGGCCUCUCAUUAUAAACGGGCUCAGCAAGAUGGCCAGGUGAGCAGAGUUGAGUUCCUCCCAGUCAACUGGCACAGCGCUCUACAUGGGGAUGCCACUGGUGUGGAUGAGGACAUCCAGAGGAUCACUCUUCCCAGUAUCAGCAGACUGAGACAUUUCACCAACGACACUCUGCUGGACCUGUUUUUCUAUAACAGCCCCACCUACUGCCAGACCAUAGUGGACACAGUAGCCUCAGAGAUCAACAGGCUACACACCCUCUUUAAACAGAGACACCCAGAAUUCACUGGGGCAGUUUCAGUAGUGGGCCAUAGUCUGGGUUCACUCAUCCUGUUUGACAUGCUAACCAACCAGGUGGCAGGAUCAGAGGCCAGAGAGGGGAUGCCUUCCAGUGAGACGUGUCAUUUGAACUAUGACACAUUGGAGCAGACUCUGACUAGACUGGGCCUCGAGCAGUACCUGGAUACACUGCAGGCUGAAAACCUCGACCUGGAAUCCCUGUCUCUUUGCCAUGACAGUGAUCUCAAAGUGUUAGGAAUUCCUCUUGGACCUCGGAAGAAGAUCCUGAAGUACGCCAAAAGAAAAUGGCUUCCAGAGGAUUGUAAGACAGGGACUGUGCAUCUGGCACCAGGGUUGCAAUUUCCAUCCCAAGUGACUAAUGAUCAUGAUGGUAACCAAUCCUCCGGAGUGACGCCGCAGCAGUCCCAGUUUCAUAGGACGCAGUCUGUCACCAGCGCAGUGGAUUAUGAAUACUUUGACGUGGGCAUCGGACAGGUAUCUAUUGAUUACCCACAGCUAGCGUUCCGCCCUCAGACCUUUUUUGCAUUUGGCUCUCCCAUUGGAAUGUUCCUCACUGUUCGUGGCCUGAAACGCAUCGACCCGAACUACACCUUCCCCACCUGCAAGAGCUUUUACAACAUCUACCACCCGUAUGACCCUGUGGCCUAUCGGAUAGAGCCCAUGAUUGUUUCAGAGGUGGACCUGGAGCCCAUGCUAAUCCCUCACCAUAAAGGCCGCAAGCGGAUGCACCUGGAACUAAAGGAUAGCUUGACCCGUAUGAGCAUGGAUUUGAAAAACAAUGUCUUGGGAUCAUUACGGACGGCAUGGCAGUCUUUUUCCAGACUCCCUGCUGCAGCAGCACUGCCCCCAGUGGAGGAAGGGGAAACUACAAUAGAGAGAAACCUUGAGGAGACACACGCCUCAGCGGCAGUUACUGCUUCUUCUGAGAGUGAAGAGAAAAGUGCUGAUUUUUGGACUAAAAUACUGGAGUGGCCCAGGGCCCUUCAUAAGCAUUACUUCCAAGUAUAG